AUCUAAACUCAUCAAAUCAAUCAUUCAAUGGGUUUCAGCUGAAUUGAAAUGCAAUUACUCCUUGAUGAAUGUUGAACAACCUAUCGGAAUUGAAUUCCACGUACAAUAUAUGCUGUCUUUAUUAAAUUUGGAUGCUAUGGAUGUUCGAUUUGUAGGGAUUUGGGGGAUGAGUGGAAUUGGCAAGACAACCAUUGUGAAGGCUGUGUACGAGCGAAUUUUUAAUAAAUUCACAGGGAGUAGCUUUCUUGAAGAUGUCAAAGAACAUGCUACAAAAAGAAAGGAUUUAGUUAUUUUACAACGGCAACUUGCUUCUAGAAUCUUGAAAAAGAAAAUAAAAAUGGAAAUAAGUAAUGUUUCUGAAGGAUCAACUUUCAUCAAAAAAAGAAUGGAGCAAAGAAAAGUUCUUAUCAUUCUUGAUGAUGUGAACAAUGAUGAUCAAAUAAAGGCAUUGGCUGGUGACACCAAUUGGUUUGGUAAAGGAAGUAGAAUCAUCAUAACAACUACAUGCGAGGAUAUUCUAACUAGGAAUAAAGUUGAUAGAGACAGAAUUUACAAGCCUCAAUUACUGGAUGAAGAACAAUCUCUCCAACUUUUUAGUAGGCAUGCAUUUUUGCAAGACCAACCCCUUGAUGGAUUUUUGCAGCUCUCGUGUGAAAUGGUAAAGUGUGCUCAAGGAUUGCCCUUGGCUCUUGGGGUACUAGGCUCUUCUCUAAUUGACAAUAACUCAAUUAAAAAAUGGAAGAGUGAGUUAAAAAAAUAUGAAAGAAUUCCUCAUGGUGAUAUACAUAAGACGUUAAAGAUUAGCUUCGAGGAAUUGACACUUGAGCAACAAUCUGUAUUUCUUGACAUUGCAUGUUUUUUCAAUGGAGUGGAUAAGAGAAUUGCAUUUUACUACUGGGAAAGUUUAGACCUUCAUCCACAGACAGAAUUUCCAGUUCUUAUUAGAAGGUCCCUUGUGAAGAUUGUCGAUGAGAAGAAGAUUUGGAUGCAUAACCAACUUCAAAGCAUGGGAAGAAGAAUUGUCUAUGAAGAAAACCCUAAAGAUCCUGCCAAGCGCAGUAGAUUAUGGAAACAUAAGGAAGUCAUGGAGGUAUUAAAAGAAAUGGGUUGUCACAACAUUGAAGGCAUUCUCCUUAACUUUGAGAAGAACAUUGAGGAUUCUUUAAGCUCUGAAGAUUUCAAAUCUGUAUCCAAGCUAAGGUUGCUAAAUGUUAAUGGUUCAGGCUUGAAGGGAGACUUUAAGCACUUCCCUCCAAGGUUAAGAUGCCUAUUUUGGCAAAGAUGCAAUUUUGACAUGCCACCAACUGAUUUUCAUCAUGAAGAAUUAGUUAUUCUCGACUUAUCACAUAGCAAUACCGAAGAAGCUUGGAAAUAUAGUCCUCAAAACAAGGAGUUCAAAGAGUUGAAAGUUCUUAAUCUUAGUGAAUGUUCUUGUUUAGUUAGAACUCCCGACUUUUCAAGGUUUCCAAACUUGGAGAGAUUGAUUCUUGAAGGAUGUUGUGAAUUGGUUGACAUACAUGAGUCCAUUGGGAUACUCAAGGGUCUUGUUUACUUGGAUCUUAGAUCUUGCAGUAAACUCAAGGAGCUCCCUGGCAAAACUUUUCAGUUGACUGCUCUUAAAAAUCUUGUCCUUACUGGUUGUAAAUCGUUGGAGAAUUUGCCGGAGUCAUUUGGCUGUCUAAAGUCAUUGGUUAAACUUUCCCUAAAUUCAACACAUAUUUCAAAACUGCCAGAUGCUUUGGGACUGUUGGAAAAGCUUGAAAUAUUAAAUGCAAUGGAUUGCAUUUAUCUUGUGAAACUUCCAAGGACGAUGGCAAAAAUGAGGCGUUUGCAACAUAUUAACUUCUCGAGGACGGGUAUCGAAAGUUUACCUGAUGAUUUUCUAAUGCUCUCGAGCUUAGUGAAAUUAGAAUUGGCAAAGUGUAGAAAGCUCCAAUGCUUUCCUGAAGAUAGACAACAAGGUUACAGUGGAAGCGGCCUCUGUAAGCUUCAAGUGCUAAAUUUGGAACAUUGCAAAAAGCUUGAAUCUAUUCCAAAACUUUCCUCAAGCUUAUGCAAACUGAAUGUUAUAGGUUGCAGUUCGCUGCACAAAUAUGAUGAUUUUUCCAACUUGAAAAAUUUGAAGGAACUAUUCUUCGGCCAAUGCAAUAACAUGGUGGACAUGCCAAGUGGUUUUGGAAAAUUAUCCUCACUAGAUAAGUUGGUUCUUUCUCUCGUCAACUGUGACAGUCUACCCCCCAAUCCUAUUUCUGGUCUUAGGCAUUUAGCAUUAGUAGAGUGCCAAAAACUUGUAUCCCUCCCAGAGCUUCCCUCGAGUUUAAUGAGGCUUCAUCUUCACAGCUGUCACUCACUGGAAAGAUUACCAAAUUUGUCAAACCUGAAAAUUUUGGAGGAAUUAAAGCUUGAAGGAUGUGAGAAAAUAACAGAAAUUCAAGGCCUUGAGCAGUUGAAAUUCUUGAGAUUAUAUGAAGUGACUUCAUGCCACCACCUCACAGUUACUACAAAGAAAGUACAAGGCCAGGGAACAUUGAAAGAUGAAUCCUAUGAAUUACAUGGUGAUGUAAUUCACACAGAGGUGAAGAUUGGUGAUAAUGAUAUCAAUAUGGGGUUGGUUAUGGGCCUCGCUAUUUCUUAUAGUCGCAACACAAAUCAAUACUUGAGUGGGGUAUUUGAUGAUUGUAUGUUACAGGUCGCAGCUUCGAUCUUAAGGAAUGGUAGACGAAUCCAUUGCAGGAAUGAUCUGUUAAUCAAGGUUCAUUUGAUUGAUGUAAGUGAACUUUUCAUCUACAUUCACUACUUUGAAGGGUGUAAAUGGUUUGGACUACCAUUGCAAAGAGGAGAUGUUAUUGAGGCAGUAAUGAAACUGGAUUAUAUUCAAACAUGGAACUUGAAAUUCUUUCACCUCUCAGUUCUGAACAAUGAAGACAUGCAUCCAGUUGUCGAUCAGCAACCACGUUUUCAGAAGGUAGAGGAUUUUUUCAAUUGGAUAGACAAAGAUGAUGAAUUUGAGGAAACAACACAGCUGACUCUUUCGACACUGAGGCUCUAUCGAACACAUGGAUGCAACUGAAGUGCUAAUGAUUGCCAAGUGUACAUUUGGAGAGCCAUUGGAAAGCAUGUGAGUAAGAAUUGAUGGGGGCUUUUCAUCUGAGUGAAGUGUUGGAUGGGGACCAACUUGUGCGCUACAUCAAUGUUUUCUUUCUUUUUUCAGAUCAUUCUGAUUUCUCCAGAUCUAAUGGAGAAAAAGAUUAAGAAAGAGGAAGAUCCUGCCCAAGAAACAGAGGCCAGAGCUAGGGACUCGGUGAAUCAGUGCUACUAGGAAAAGACUCUGGACGAAUGGUCAGAUGCUGAAUCCAUCCUCAACCUGCAGUCGAAGGAUGCAUCAACACCAUGGCUGAGAUUGCUCUUCCCUAUUCUGCGAAGCCACAGAAUAAUUCUACAAUUACCCAGACUGUUCCCAUGAAAUGAUGCCCCUACCCCUUGAGUGGAUACCUAUGAAUGGUCCCUCAGUGGCCUAGGUGCUGGCGUUGAAGCCACUCAACCAGCUGUAGGUGGAUUUGCAAUCCAAUUAACUUGAGCAUUGCUUCACAUUUUUCUGCGGUAAGAUUUGGAGUAAAAGUAUGGGUAGUAAUAGUCGUGAUAGACAGAUGCUGUUCACAAUGGCGGUUGUUACGAUCCUAGCGACGGCGUCAAUUUGUGGGAAUGUGAAUGAGGAAAAGAAAAAAAGUAUGCGACAAAGGGUGGGAGUGCAAAGGGUCGAUCUACUGCUGUAAUGAGACCAUAAAAGGACUUUUUGCAGACGUACCAGUUUGUGAACCUCUUCUCCAAGCAAAACUCACCAGUGGCUCACGCUGUUGGGUUCUGGGAUUACCGAUCCUUUAUUCUUUCCUCCACUCUCUUCCAACCCCUUGGCUUCGGCACCACCGGCGGGAAGUUGAUGCAGAUGAAGGAGGUCGCCGCUUUUCUUGGCCAUAACGGCAGCCAGACAUCAUGUCAAGUAUCAUAUUGCAUUGAAUAUCAUUUUAUUUAAUUUAUUUAAUUCCCCUUGUUAGAAAAACAAUCAGAUCAGAUUAUUAACGAUGAUGGAUUUGGGAAUAGAUUCAUCUUUGUUUGAUUUCAACUUUCAAGUCUCACAUCGUUUGGUUUCAGGUGGUUAUGGAGUCGCCACCAGUGGUCCCAUGGCCUGGGGCUCUGCUACAACCACGAAAUGAACCCAAGUCAGUCCUACUGCAAUCCCAA